GCAAACGAACAAUGCUUGAGAGAGAAGCAAAAGACAAAUCUUGUUGUCUCGAGCACGUGUACUGACGUGCACAGAUAAACAUUGGGCGACACCUUCGCUUCCAUCUCAGCUCACUGACUUUUAGCCCGUCCUUCUCCGGUAUAUGUGUACUCUUUGAAAUCUGCAUAUCAUUCAUUAGACUACACAUCGACCGACUAGAGACAGCUAUGACACUUCCGCCGGGGGUUCGCUACUCCAUUCUUCGCAACAACGUCCAAGUUCCACUUAUCCCGAUUGAUCAACUGCCCUUCCAGCUUCAAUGCUUGCCGCGCUCACUUACACCUCUUCAAAGUGAUGAAGAAGGCUGGAAAUCGAUCGGAGAGACUCGGGAGCCCGCAUUGCCGCUUUCGAUUCGAGCUCCCGCCGACUUGCAUCCUAGUCAGUCAGUACCGCCCACGAAGACUGCAUUUUUACCGCCCGAUCAUGAUGCUCGCAAAGAUCUUGCCAUAAAAGCGCAAGUCUCGCAGCCCCUCAUCGAGACUCCCCCUGCAUCAGUCGCUCCUACAGAACAAGCCAUUCAUCAUCCCACACGCACAUCUUCCGCUGGAUGUCCAGCGUCUGUAAUUGACACAAUCGCGUCCAUCCAUCCGGAAGAAGUACAGUACCCAGCCUUUCGCCGCCCAUACCCUUCCGGUAUUGAGCCUGAUCCAUCGAAGAAGGAGUACUGUACACACUGGAUAAGGACGAACUCGUGCGACUAUAUGCAACAAGGCUGCAGGUACAAGCACGAGAUGCCCGACCGCAACAAGCUUGAAGAGCUAGGAUUCCCUCAGAUCCCAAAGUGGUACAGGGAUCGGAUGGCCAUAUCUGCUGGGGGGUCGAGCUGGCUACGACCACGUAUGACUCUGGAACACAAUGACCGACAGCUUUCAACCGAACCUCCAGCAUCACCUAGUUUCCACCCCUCAACACUUGUUCAUGGC